CCACAAUUUCCUCCGUUUCUCUCAAUUUCUCAUACAGAUUUCGCAAACCCUUUUCCCCAUUUCAACGUUACUCGAAAUCAAAAUCAAGCAAGAAAACCUCUGCCCAAACUCCAUCCCUUUUCUUGAAACCUAAAUACCGUAAGAGAUUUGAUAUCGUUUGCGCGUAUAUUGUUUUUGAUCAUCUGGGCUUCCGUGAAAAUGGACAUUUCAUUUACCGGAAGCUCCCAGGUGAAUCUAGGAAGAAAUGGUGAUGUGGGGUUCUUUAGUUUUGGGCAGAAUCUGAAUGCUAAGGUCUGUAAUUUGAAGAACAAUAGCUCGAAGGGAUGCAAUUUUGGUAAAAAUCAACGCUUGGCGUGGCCUUUGAAGUCUGCUUUUGGUUUUACUCUCAGAGCCUCCGCCAUUGAAGCUGCUGAAAUUUCUAAGAAAGCUUCAAAGAUUACAAUAAAAAAGCCUGUUGAUGGUGUUGAGUUAUACGUCGGUCUCCCACUUGAUACUGUCUCCAAGAUGCAUACAAUGAACCAAGAACGAGCAAUUGCUGCAGGGCUGAAGGCCUUGAAAUUAUUAGGGGUAGAAGGCGUGGAGCUCCCGGUAUGGUGGGGAAUAGCUGAAAGGGAAGUACGGGGAAAGUACCAGUGGACAGGCUACCUUGCUGUUGCAGAAAUGGUCCGAAAAUUGGGGCUUAAGCUUCAUGUAUCCCUCUGUUUCCAUGCAUCUAAAGAAUGCAAGAUUCCACUUCCAGAAUGGGUUUCUCGGAUUGGCAAAGAGAAACCGGAUAUUUUCUUUACAGAUCGGUCGGGACAGCACUACAAAGAUUGUCUAUCAUUAGCUGUGGAUGAUGUUCCUGUGUUGGACGGAAAGACUCCGGUUGAAGUGUACAAAGAUUUCUGUGAGAGCUUCAAAUCUGCAUUUUCACCUUUCAUGGGCUCGACAAUCACGGGCAUAUCAGUUGGUCUUGGACCAGACGGUGAGCUUCGAUAUCCGUCUAACCACCGUCCGGCCAAAAGCAACGGUUGUCAUGGAGCUGGAGAAUUCCAAUGUUAUGGCAAAUAUAUGCUUGCCAAUCUUAAGAAGCACGCAGAAAAGCAUGAAAAUCCUCUGUGGGGACUUGCCGGCCCCCAUGAUGCUCCAGGCUAUGACCAGAAUCCAAUCUCCAGCGGCUUCUUCAUGGAAAAUGGUGGAUCUUGGGAGACCUCGUAUGGUGACUUUUUCCUCUCUUGGUAUUCAAGUCAGCUGAUAUCUCACGGACAUCGCAUCUUGUCGCUUGCUGCCUCAACCUUCAAAGACGCCCCUAUUUCAGUCUCUGGUAAAGUCCCUCUGGUGCACUCAUGGUACCUAACCCGUUCCCACCCAUCUGAGUUAAUGGCAGGGUUCUACAACACGGCCAACCGAGACGGUUACAAGGACAUUGCUGAAAUCUUCUCCAACAAUUCCUGCAAAAUGAUACUUCCUGGGAUGGACCUCUCAGACGAGCACGAGCCACUUGAAUCUCACUCGAGCCCGGAAUCAUUAUUCGCACAAAUAACAUCUUCUUGCCUAAAGUACGGAGUGGAGGUGUCGGGCCAAAACACGUCGGUUUCUGGUGUUUCCAGGGGUUUCGAGCAGAUCAAGAAUAACUUGCUGGACAAGAAUGCAACGGUGGACUUGUUCACAUACCAACGAAUGGGAGCUUACUUCUUUUCUCCUGACCAUUUCCCUUCAUUCGCUCAGUUCAUCCGCAGCCUAAACCAACCGACUCAACGUUUAGACAGUCUACCAGUGAAUCACGGAGACACUGUUGAAUCCCUUCCAGAUUCAAAUCUCCAUAUGCAAACUGCUUAAGAGUGAGUCAUUGAUUCAUGAUGUAAAUAUACCACUAAGCCCAAACGGACAUAAGCGAAUCGUGGAUCGUCUUCUGCAGACCGUCGACGUACUACUAAGGCAAAAUGGACAAGAGUUACUCAUCAAGGUUAUUCUGCAGACCGUAUCGUGUACUCGUUCACGCUAUUACUGUAAACUAAGCUAGAGAAAUAAUGUGACCUUUGGAGCAGUAGAGCUGUAAUCAUGCAAUGGUGGAAAGUAUCUUCUUUCAUUUGUACUGCAGCUAUGGUGCAUUAGACACAAAUACAGCGACACAAACACGAUAUGAUACUGAUUAGUAACAUGUAAUUCUUAAGAAUUUUAAGA